CGGAUCCUAUGACUUUCGGUCUCCGUCCCCGAUUAUGGCUCCUGAAUAUACUGAAUACAUUUGCCAACAGUUGUUGUUUAUUAUUAAUAAUGUUUGUUUUUCUUCUCAGAGAAUAAACAAUGACUUCGAGGAGAUUUCUUCUAAUGCUUACGUCAUUUUCGGCCUUGGUCGCUGUUUUAGUUUUUUACAUUGUUAUCAGCAAAAAAGAACCUAAUGCAUCGAAAAUGUUCGAAAUGUUCGAAGUGUUCUCAAGAAAAGAUAUUGGUUUCCACAGCAUGGAAAUUACUCCUAUUCCGAGGCAGAGACUGUCAAACGUUAAAACUGCUUCCCUCUCUUAUGCAGAGAAACUGCUCAAAUUGUACGAUGGAGUGGAGGCAUUUGUAAUGUUCAUUGGAUAUCCUCGAAGCAGUCAUAGCUUAGUGGGCGCCAUAUUGGAUGCACAUCCAGAGAUUAUCAUCCCACAUGAAUACGAUGUGAUAAAAUAUUGGAAUAAACAUCGGCCAUCAACUGUUAGAAAAACAAAACUGUCAAAAUAUCAUCUAUUUUAUAACCUCCACCAGCUGUCUAGAGAACAAGCAGUGUUUGGAAUUCGCUCUAAGUAUCCAAAAGGGAAGAUGGGAGGUUACAGCUACAACGUGCCAGGCUUAUGGCAAGGAGGUUCUCAAACGAGAAUAAAGGUACGUUAAUAAAGUAAUUCUGUGCCUCAAUAAACUUUAUUCAUUCCAUUGGUCUUUCUCCCUAUGCCUCUCGCCCACACUUUCCCCUGUCUGUCUUUCUGUCUGUCUGUCUGAC